CCCUCACUAUCCAUCCAUCCAUCCAUCCAUCCAUCCAUCCAUUACAAACCCAGCCCGACUAACCAUGCUCAGCCGCGUCAUAUCCCUACCGUCCCAUAUCCAUGCUCACCCCCAUGCCCCCUUCUGCAGAUUAUUCAGCCACGCGGUGAUUUCCUUGGUCCCAGCAACACUGCAUAGUCUCCCUCCCCGAAUUCCGACUAGUCAUCAUCAUCGUCGUCGUUGUCGGUUCUUUGGUUUAGCGCCCGCCCGCCCUUUUUCUCCACUUGAUUUUGUUGAUUCGGGAUUAGCUAGGCUAGGGUAG